UUAAAUUAUGUUAAUAUUUCGAUACAGUAUAUCAUGUGUUCGACGUAUAUCACAAUUUCGAAUACCGCGUACAGAUUGUGGAUAUAUGAAACAACGAAAAGUGCAUGACCCUAAAGCAUGUGCAGUGCGAGAUAAGGGGCUCGUACUUGGUGUUUACUACAAUGAAAAUGUCCAAGGAGAAGCAGCAAUAUUAACUGCAAGUGCUCAACAAUAUGAUCGAAAAUCUAAUGGAAAACUAUGGAAACAACUUAAGCUAACUCCAAUACCAAAAUUGGGAGAAUAUAGAGUAUUCUAUGAUUUAGACCCUUUUUACGGUUACGUUGCUGUUGCUGGUUUAGGAACGGAAUGUUUAGCAUUUAAUACAUUAGAAAAAUUAGAUGAAAGCAAAGAAGCUAUACGAAUAGCAGCUGGCGUAGGAGCCAAUGCCCUUUUAAAGUUUCAACCAUCAGCUAUUCAUCUUGAAUCUUUCGGGAACGCAGAAGCGGCAGCUGAAGGCGCUAGUCUUGCAAUUUGGCAAUUUCAGGAAUAUAAAACCAAAAAGACUAAUCAAAUUUUACCUCAAUGCAAAAUUGAAUUGUAUGAUGAUUGCGAUAUUUACGGCUGGAACGUUGGAAAAUUAAAGGCUGAAUCACAAAAUUUAGCCCGUUACUUACAAGAAAUGCCACCAAAUAUUUUAACACCGACAUCUUUUGCAAAAUUAGCAGUAGAUCUUUUAUGUGAAAUAGAUAUAAAUGUAGAAGUAAAAACAAAAGGUUGGGCUGCAAGUCAUGAAAUGGGCGGAUUUGUUGCUAUAGGAAAAUCUUCAAUUCAACCGCCAUUAUAUGUUGAAAUUAGCUAUUAUGGAACGACUGAAAACACUCGUCCAAUAGUUAUGAUUGGAAAAGGAGUAACCUUUGAUAGCGGAAGCUUAGACUUAAAACCGAGACAAGAGUUACGAUUUAUGAAAGGAGAUAUGGCUGGCGCUGCUUGUGUUCUUGCUAUAACUAGAGCAGCUGCACUUUUGAAACUACCUGUUAAUAUUCGUGGUAUUUUGCCCCUAUGUGAAUUAAUGCCAAACGGUAAGAGUCCCAAAUUUGGAGACAUUGUUCACUGCGCAAAUGGAAAAUCAAUUCACAUUAGACUACCAUCCCGCGAAGGAAGGCUCUUAGUAGCCGAUAGCUUAGUGUACGCCAGGAAUUACUGGCCAAAGUUUAUUGUCGAUAUAGGCACAAUGUCAAAAGAAUUAAUAUACACACUGGGUGGUGCCGCUUGCGGUUGUUACACGAACUCUGAAGAGCUUUUCUGCUACAUGGAAAAAGCGAGUAGUCAUACAGGCGACAGAAUUUGGCGAAUGCCUUUAUGGAAAUUCUAUGAGGAGCGAAUUAAAGACUGUGACGUAGCAGAUGUAGCGAACACGGCACGUCACAUUUACGGCGAUUCACCGAAUUGUGCCGCGUUUCUAAAUCAAUUCUUAUGCGACAGCAAAUGGAUUCACUUAGAUACAUAUAAUGUAGCUUUUACAAAGGGUACAGAUUUUCCAUAUCUUAACCGUGGUAUGACUGGACGUCCCACUCGAACCAUCAUUGAACUUUUGUAUCAGUUGUUGUCAGAUUCUAAGUUAUAAGUUCGUUAAAUGUUUAUGUUUUGUAUGUAACAAGAAAUAAUGUCAAGUUAUACAGAUAAUGAAUAAUAAAUCUAUGUUA